UACAGACCGCAGCCGCCAUGUUUAAUUUCAUCAAGAAGUCCACCGUCCUGGCGGGCGGCGACGGCGGCGGCUGCGAGGAGAGAGACGGCGACAAGGAGAGGAGGAAACGGGAGAAGAAAGAGAGGAAAGAGCGGGAGAAAAGAGAGAGGAUAGCUGCCGGCCUCGAGGAACCCUUGAGGCUGGAAGAGGUUCGACGAUCUCUGAAAUUACGGGGCAGACGCAAAGAAAAGGAGAAACUACCCUCCGGCAUCACCGCCGACUACACCGCCUCAUUGUUCGCUCACCUGGAACAAGACUCCAAUUAUUCCAACUACCCGCUGAUACCUACCUCGGGGUCUAACUCCAACUUAAGUGACGAGAAUAACCAUCUAUCUCCCGGAUACCCCACGACCCACAGCUGGACUAAAAAGGACAGCGUCCUGCAAUCAGACAGCUCAGAAACAUCGCUGAAUUCUCUAAACAACCCAAACAACGCCAAUAACAGCCCGCGACAACCGCCUAAUCUACCUCCGAUUCCACCACGACCUCCGAAACGAGGAAUCCUGAAAGGGCCUCGUCUAAGCAAUACUAGUUCUAAUUCUCAAGAGAGCAAUGCUCAAAGCAGCGAUACUGUGGACUACAUAAAUGGUCAAGAUCCGAAUUUGCUGGCACGGAAUACGCAGCAGAAUGAGGUCAUAUGCUAUGGCAUCCCACCUUCGAAAAGCACGUCGUCUAGCGAUGACAUACAACAGCUGCAAAUGUUCACAAAGAAGGUCAUCCACAGUCCAGUGGAUACGCAGUAUAAAAACUAUAAGAACAAUGCGAAUAACCCGUCGAUUGUCACCCAAGACGUAGACGAAAUACCAAAGACGAACGGAAACAAUUACAUUGGAGUCACUUCCACGUCUCCAAGUGCUGAUUCUUUAACCGACACGACUACGAACUCUUCGUUUGCUACUCCGCCGUUUUCUACCUCGCCUGUUGGUGAAUCACAAGGCUUCCAUAGAUGGUCUAGGACUAGCAACUUCGAAGAUGUGUAUUUGCCUUUACCGUCACUGACCCCGUUACAAUUACCUAAGCCCAGAAUGCUAACGAUACAAAGGCAGAAAUCUCCUAGGAAUGACUUUGGAUUUAGUCUUCGAAGGGCUAUGGUUCAGGAGCGUGUGUUCAUAGGGGAUAUCAAAGAUUUCAAUGGUCAUGAGGAGAACGGACUUCCAAACGGUGAUAGCAAAUACAAUGGCAAUAUUUCGAAUGGCCUGAAUAGCAAAUUGACUUAUAAAGCAGUGAUUCUAGCUGAACCUGGAUCUUAUCCUGGCGCUAGUGAGACGGGGCUCCUUCCCGGGGACAGACUUUUGGAAGUGAACGGUGUUAGUGUGGAAGGCAAAAGUAGGGAAGACGUGAUUGACCUGAUCAAGAGCAGCCAUGAUUCCGUCACUAUAAAGGUGCAGCCAAUAUCCGAGCUUUGCGAGCUAUCCCGACGGCGGGCAGCGGACGGCGGUGGUGACGUAGAACUGGCUGACAGCAACGUGCGCGGCGGCACCCUCAGCCGGUCUGGCAGUCGGAGGUUCACUUCCACUCAGUCCUGCACAGGUGAUUAUAUGACCUGA